AGAGAACUCUAUGACUUCAGGACAGGUAGGUGCAGGGGAGCAGCUGCCAUGGCUUCAGGAAUCCUGGCGAACAUACAGGAGGAAGUGACCUGCCCCAUUUGCCUGGAGCUUCUGACAGAACCCCUGAGCUUUGACUGUGGCCACACCUUCUGCCAAGCCUGCAUCACUGCAAGCAACAAGGAGUCCAUGACUGACCACUGUCCUGUGUGCAGAACCAGUUAUGAGCGUGGGAGCCUGCGACCUAAUAGGCACAUAGCCAACAUAGUGCAGAGGCUCCGAGAGGUCAAGUUGAGCCCUGAGGUGGAACAUAAGAGAAAUCUGUGUGUGCACCAUGGAGAAAAACUCCUGCUCUUCUGUGAGGAGGAUGGGAAGGUCAUUUGCUGGCUUUGCGAGCGGUCCCAGGAGCACCGUGGUCACCACACAUUCCUCAUGGAGGAGGUUGCCCAGAAGUACCAGAUGAAGCUCAAGGAAGCUCUGGAGAGAUUGAGGGAGGAGCAGCAGGAAGCUGAGAAGAUGGAGGUUAAAGUCAGAGAAGAGAUUACUACUUGGCAGAAUCAAAUACAAAAUGAGAGACAAAAAGUCCAGGCAGAGUUUAAAAAACUGAGAGGUAUCCUGGCCAGUGAGGAGGUGAAGGAACUGCAAAAGCUGAAGAAUGAGGAGGGAUUGAUUCUAAGAAACCUGGCAGACUCUGAGCAUGAGCUGGUCCAGCAGAGCCAGUUGGUGAGAGAUCUCAUCUCAGAUCUGGAGCAUCGUUUGCAGGGGUCAUUACUGGAGAUGCUUCAGGAUGUGAAUGACAUCAUGAAAAGGAGUGAGAUCUUGACUCUAAAGAAGCCAACCACUAUUUCCAAGGAACAAAGGAGAGUGUUUCGAGCUCCUGAUCUGAGGGAUAUACUGCAAGAGUUUAAUGAGCUGACCGACAUGCAACGCUACUGGGUUCAUGUGAGCCUGAGUCAUACCACAGGUAAUCCAGAAGUUGCCAUUUCUGCGGACCGAAGACAAGUGAGAUAUGUGUGCAAAUUCCAAGUACAUAAAGCAUAUCAGAAAGUGUUUUAUGAAGACUAUGGUGUCCUGGGCUCCCCAGCUAUCACAUCAGGGAAACAUUACUGGGAGGUAGAUGUGUCAGAGAAACGUGCCUGGAUCCUGGGGGUAUGUAGUGGAAAAUGCCUUGAAUAUAAUAGAAAGUUUCCAGUUAAAACCAGUGGAAAUUGUCAAAAUAUUUACUCGAGAUAUCAGCCUAAGUAUGGCUACUGGGUUAUAGGGUUAAAAAAUCAGUUUGAAUAUAAUGCUUUUGAUGAGUCUUCCUCAUCAGAACCCUUGAUCUUAACCCUCUUCCUGACUGUUUCUCCUCAACGUAUUGGGGUUUUCCUAGACUACAAUGCUGGCAUGGUCUUAUUUCUCAAUGUCAAAAACCACAGGUUUCUCAUCUAUAAAUUCUCUUCAUGUUCCUUUUCUGAGAAAACUUAUCCAUAUUUCAAUCCUAUGAGAUGUGGUGCCCCCAUGAAUCUGUGCUUGCCAAACUCUUGAACCUUCUCACGCCCACUUCUCAGUAGUGCCUCUUACGAUGGGUACAUCUAACACAUCUGAGCUUAUCUGCACCAUUCUUACCUUUUUUCCUUGCUGUCUCCCUUUUUGUUCCAUUUGAAGGUCCUUCAUGCAUCAAUAGGGUGUACAAUUUGCCUUGAAUCAUAUUUUUCUCAAUAUCAUGUUUGCAUUAGGAGAAAAUCUUAAUUCACCAUUUUCCAUACCCCAAGGAAAAAUGACUGCUGCCCCAUGAAGAAAGAGUAAUAUCAAGGUAGCACCUCUGUCAAAUUUUACAAUCUCACAUCCUCAGACAGUGACUGAGAAGAUGAAGGAAAGCUUUUCAACAACUUUUGUAUAUUAUCAAAGACCUAGUACAGGAGUCAUUCACUAAAGAAUGAGUCCUGAGCAGUGUCUCUGUUUACCCAUGAUGUCCCUUAUUCAUCAAGGAAUUAAGGAGAAAAUAUCAUAAAUGAUUUGUACUAAGAGUGGAAGUUUUGUGUCCAGAGUGUCUGAGUUCAAGUUCUGUCUGUCCACAUAUUAGCAGUCUAACCUAGAAUAACACCCCUAAAUGCUGUGUAUAUUUCUUAAUGCAAUGUUGAUAUAAAAGCUGUAUCAUACAGAAGAUCAUUGUCAAAAGAUAAAUGCUACUAGGUGUAAAGCAUCAAAGUGUCUCAACUUAAUAGUGAAUAUUUGAUCUAUUAAUCACUGAAAAAUAUAACCUGUGUCAGUGUCUUAUUCAACAUAUUUGUGCCUUCAGAGGCACAAGUGUUCUUUUUACUGAUGUCUCAUUUUCCAGAUCCUAGAUAACUUUGUGCUGCUGUCAAGACUACUUCAGCUCUCCCUGUUGUAGAAAAGCAUGUACACGUGUGUGUGUGUGUGUGUGUGUGUGAUAUUACAGUUACAAUUUUAUUAUAAUUUUGGUGGUGCUAUGUACCAGCUCUUAUGAAAUAAACCAUAUUGUAUGAGAUUAAGGAUCUC